GCGGGCUCGCUCAGGCUGCACCGACUGAGUCAUUCGCCGACUCGCUUAAUCCCUGCAAAGAGCAAAACACAAACAGGCUGGAAGAACUUGCCGAGCUGAGUCCAGCCCGGCGCCGAAGGGAUCACCAUGAAGGGGUCAGGUUCCUCGCAGCUCGUGCUGGGCCCUUUGCUCGCCUUCUGCCUGCUGGUCGCUGUGAGCAGUGACUUCUGUGUAGUGAACAAGUGUCAGAAUGGAGGGACGUGCCUCACUGGCAUCACUGAAUCUCCUUUCUUCUGCAUCUGUCCAGAAGGCUUCACUGGGAUUGAUUGCAAUGAAACUGAGAAAGGUCCCUGCUACCCAAAUCCCUGCCAGAAUGGUGGUGAGUGCCAGCAGCUUCCUAACCGGGGCGACGUCUUCACUGAAUAUAUUUGUGUGUGCCCUUCGGGGUAUGAAGGCAAACACUGCCAAAACAACAUGAACGAAUGCUCUUCACGGCCAUGUAAGAAUGGAGGGACCUGCUUGAAUCUGAACGGUGACUAUGCCUGCAAAUGCACUUCACCCUACCUGGGGAAGACCUGCCGUGUCCGUUGUGCAAACUUACUUGGCAUGGAGACGGGUGCCAUUUCGAACACGCAGCUGGCAGCCUCUUCUGUGCAUUACGGCUUCCUUGGCCUGCAGCGCUGGGGUCCUGAGCUCGCUCGCCUCAACAACCGGGGAAUUGUGAACGCCUGGACCUCCAGCAACUAUGACAGGAGCCCUUGGAUUCAGGCAAACCUGCUGAGGAAGAUGAGGCUUUCUGGCAUCGUCACACAAGGGGCACGUCGUGUAGGGAGGCUGGAGUAUGUCCAGGCCUACAAACUAGCCUACAGCCUCGAUGGGCACGAGUUCGUAUUCUUCAAGGAUGAGGAACAAGAUGACGAUAAGAUUUUCACAGGCAACACAGACAAUGACGGCACAGUGACCAAUCUGUUGAACCCUCCAGUCACAGCCCAGUACAUCCGCAUCUACCCUGUGAUCUGCCGUAGAGCCUGCACGCUGCGCUUUGAGCUGAUUGGUUGCGAAAUGAAUGUGUAUUUCAACAUGACAGGUUGCUCGGAGCCGCUGGGCAUGAAAUCCCGCCUCAUCUCUGAUCAGCAGAUCACAGCCUCCAGCAUGUACAAGACGUGGGGCAUCGAUGCGUUCACAUGGUAUCCACACUACGCCCGCCUCGACAGGACAGGAAAGAGCAAUGCUUGGGCUGCCCUCACCAACAAACAGGACGAGUGGCUUCAGAUUGACCUUAGGAGCCAGAAGAAGGUGACUGGGAUUAUUACCCAAGGGGCACGUGACUUUGGGCACGUUCAGUACGUGGCAGCCUACAAAGUGGCCCAUAGCAAUGACGGAAAGUCCUGGACUCUUUACAAGGACAGCAGGAACAGCACUAAGAUAUUCCAAGGCAACUAUGAUAACAACUCGCACAAGAAGAAUGUGUUCGACAUCCCCAUCUACGCCCGCUUUGUGCGCAUCUUGCCUGAAUCCUGGCACAACCGCAUCACGUUGCGUGUGGAGCUACUGGGCUGUGAUGAGUAAUCCCCUUUGGCAAAGGGGUCUGCGGGGCAGAGAGCCUGACUGAUGUCCCCACUCACUUUGUCCUUUAUUCGACCCCCUCCCGGACCCACGGUGUUUUCUGUUCCAUCAUCCUCUUCUCUAUUAUCUCGUCCUUGUUCUGUUUUUUAAAGAAUUUCGCGGCCUGUAUUAGGCCCCAAGGCCUGGUGCUUUGCCCAGUUUUUGUACUUGGGAGCCAACAGCUAUGUCAAAGGAAGAGGGGCUUUGCUACCUCCUCUCCCGUCGGCUUCUCUUCUCUCCUAUGUCCGUCUCUCUCACCUUUUGCUUUCAAAGAAUGUUUGAGAAGCUCCUUCAGAAAUUGGUGACCCUUUCUGCUUACCAUGGCCACCUUCUGUUUUCCUGUGGGUCCCUUGCACUGCACUUUAAAAGCCACUUUUUUGUGUGUUGGGGCUCCUGCUUUUGUAAGCCCUGCUGAAUGCACGGCUGUUUCCCUCCUAGGGAUGUGAUCACACGCUGCAAACAUAAACCAGUUUAAACAGUCCUUCUCCCUUUCCCCGGGGAGCCCUGGGAAGUAUUAUUCAAGGAGUGGAGCCACUGCAGCUCUGUAACAUAGAGUGCUCAGCAGCCUCCUGAAACCACAAUUCACAAGUUUUGUUGUCUAGGUAUGGUGGUAGGUAACAGGCAGAGCUCUUGUUUUUUUUUUUUUUUUUAAGCAUGGUGAAAACUUUGCAUGCUGAAAAGCUGUAUUCUGCAGUUCCAAGUUUUGCAAGUUUAGAAGGUUUUGCAUAAUUUAUUCUGGUUUUAUAAUCACAGGGUGAGAAGCUGUACCAGGCCCUGCAAUACCCCUCUUGCUGCAAAAUCUUAUACCUCACCACACUUGGCUCCUCGCAUUUAACCAGGCUGUUUCCCAAACACUGUUUUCAAAUCCAUGAGGGCUAGAAACUUGCUAUCCCCCCCAGCAAUGUAAUGCUCAAUGUGACCUUCACUUGCAUGAAAUCCACAGAGAUUUGCUCCUAACCUUCCCCAUGUCCUUGGUGAAGAUUUCUGAGGAUGCUAAAUAUUGGAGAUACCCACAGAUUUGUAAAAUAUUACUUCAUCUUUGCUGUGGUUCUCUUGGGAGCAGUCCAACCUUCUCUCCUCCCCCUCCACAUUUUGCAGACCGAAAAAAGCCAUGGCUUUUUAAACAAUUCUUUUCUGAAUGUAUAUUUUUUAUUGAUUUCAUCCAUGAAAACAUACAAACAACAUAAUUUUAAACACGAAUGAAGUUCUGAACAUGAAUGAAACUCCGUUCCAGAGACCAAUAGGCACAGCGAAAAUCAUAUAUGAAUUACUCUUCUGCAAAGUACAGCAAAAAAUAAACCCACUCGACACCUCUCCCUUGGCUGUUGCAACAGCUUCUCCCAAUUCCUGCUCUGCUUUCAGGCAGAUCGCGGUUGGUAGGGACUCUAUGAAGAAGUAUGACUUUGCGAUGCUGUAUUAGGGGAAGGAAGAACAGCUUUUAGAAAUGAAAACAAAUGGGGAAGGCUCCUUUUGGAAGGGGUCUGUGUGGUGGUGGUGGUGGGAACACAUGACUUUCAGUAAGACAAACCUAAUAAGGGGCUUCGGCAGGGCCACUGCCUGCGAUCUGGAAGCAAUUAACCGAGCGCAGAGACAUAAAAAGCCAUAGGAAAUCCUUACAGUGGCGACCAUGGCUUCUCAGCAGGGUGCAGUCCUAAGUCAAGACACACAGUAUUAAAACAAACGUUAAGAACGCUGCCUUUUUGAUGUGUCAGAAAGAGCCCAUGGAUUUGAGAGAGAAAAAUAACACAAGCUUGGGAUGGGACACCUGGUGGGGCUUCUGGUCAUACCAUGCAAUUCAAGGAGAGUGACAAAGUGCUGCUGGACAGCAGACUUAAGGAGCCUCACAGGUCACCUGGUCACAGUUUCCCCCACUAUGUAGAGAUACUGCAUUUCUGUUUAAAAGUGCUGGAAUUUUUCUUAAAUUUGUACUGAUGCAUAUAAAUUGGCAUAUGCACACUUUAUCCAAAAUAGUGGUGCUUUUUUUUUUUUUUUUUUUAGCAAUGAACAAGUGACCACCCUAGUCUGGCCCCUGUAAUACAGGUGCUGUUGCAAGCUACAAAAGUGAUUGGCAUUGCCACAAAAAUGAUGACAUCUUUGGCCCACACAGGCUCAGUCUGGGUUUGAUUCAGGCAAUUCCACUUUCUCCACCAUGGCGGAAACAGAUAACCUAUUCAGGGGGACAGGAGAUGUAAAGGCAGCAUCUGGCAAGUCUGUUUAUAUUAUCCCUCCCACUUUCCCCUCCUUUGAUGCUUCCCUGAAUGCUCUGUUUUCCAUCCAACCUCCCCCCCACAUAUAUCACACAUACAUAUAUUACACAAACACACACAAGCCUGUUGAAUAGGGAUGGGGUUCGCUGCCUUGUUCCGAUCCGCUUCCAUUCUGAUAGUCUGUCAUUCCAACCUGAUCCGCCCAUUUUUUUGUCCCUGCUUGCUUUGGAGCUUGCUGAUUCGAUCCGCUGUGGUGCUUUUUCAUUGCAAAAAACAAAUAGCGAAUUUUUAACUUAAAUGCCUAUGUAAAUGA